AUGGCGUGGGACAGGUGUAACCAGGACUCGGUGUGGAGAGAACUAGAGUGUGCUGCCUUGGUUGGUGAAGACCAGCCCCUCUGCCCUGACCUCCCCGAACUUGACCUGUCCGAGCUGGAUGUCAGUGACUUAGAUGCAGACACGUUCCUGGGGGGCCUAAAAUGGUACAGUGACCAAUCGGAGAUCAUUUCCUCGCAAUAUGGCAACGAGGCGUCCAAUCUAUUUGAGAAGAUAGAUGAAGAAAAUGAGGCCAACUUGCUGGCAGUGCUUACAGAGACCCUGGACAGCAUCCCGGUGGAUGAGGACGGAUUGCCUUCGUUUGAGGCCUUGGCAGACGGGGACGUGACCAAUGCCAGUGACCAGAGCUGUCCCUCCUCCCCCAGCGGCUCCCCCCACACCCCAGAGCCCGAGGAGCCCUCCCUGCUGAAGAAGCUCCUCCUGGCGCCCGCAAACUCCCAACUCAGCUAUAAUCAAUACACAGGUGGCAAGGCACACAACCAUGCCGCCAACAGCAACCACCGCAUCCGACCACCACCUGCCGUCGUCAAGACGGAGAAUCCUUGGAACGGCAAAGCACGCGGGAGUUCGACCCAACAGACCCGGCCAGUGAGACGGCCCUGCACAGAGCUGCUCAAAUACCUGACAGCCACAGAUGACAUCCUGCUGCACACCAAAGCCAGUGAAGCCAGGGGCCCCUGGGGGCCCAGCAGUAGCAGAGACAAGAGUGUCCUGAGUCUAGCUCUUCCACCUGUUCAGCUUCCAAGAAGAAGUCGGUGUCUUCGCAGCAGCAGCAGCGAGGUGAGCGCCGGGCUGCUGGCGAGUGUAGUGUGCCUGGUGUUGGGGCUGGGAAGUGGCAGCGUUGCCGGGCUCACCAUGAUCAGAAGUCCCAGGGCUGUGGCCAUGUCUGCCCCAAACUGGAGAACAGGGCGCCCAGUGAAGAAGGAAGGCCGCCAGGCGACGCGGGCCGCCUGGCCGCCGCUAGAUUUAUUAGGUGCCACUCAGGCUAGUGGGAGCUUUGGCAGGCAAGGCCAUAGGAACACUAGUGCUGCCCAGCGCGCUCCACGCAGACAUAUCACACUGACCAUAAAGAAAAGAGAGGAGAAGCCAGGCCACCCCUUACUCAGCCAGCUGCUCACCUCCAAACACAAGCCUGUCCAGUACCAGGUCCAACUGCACACUCGCAGCCCCAGUCCCUUACCCCUCUCCCUACAAAAACUGCCAACCCCCAGGUCUGAGAGUCCCUUCCUUAGUGAUCCACACAUGGACAAGGAAGAGCUGAGCGAUCCAAAGUCUGUAAAUACCCCUGAGCCUGAGGAGCCUGACUCGGGGCCCCUGCUGUCCCCUAUGACUUUUGACCUAGAAACAGGGCUGAACAUGGGCUUUGGACUGGAGCUGGGGUGGCCCCUCAGAGAGCGCACUGGGGAGGACCCUGAUGAAGCUGAUAAUGAUGAUGAUGGUGUCUUUGAUUAUGAUGAUGUCAUGGGCAGCAGUGUGGCUGUGGUGCUCUCACAGGGCCCAUCCAGCCCAAUGUUCCCUGUCCCUCCCUGCUUCAUACCAGGGCCAGGGCCCCCACACAGACAGGCACUCAGCAAGCACCCCGACGACCAGGGCCACCCUGUGUUAGCCAAACCAACCACCUUGCCACUUCCUUUGACCCCAGAGUCUCCAAAUGACCACAAGGGAUCACCGUUUGAGAACAAAACCAUUGAACGCACAUUAAGUGUGGAGAUCGCUGGAACUCCAGGUCUGACACCACCAACUACGCCCCCACACAAAGUCAGUCAAGAGAAUCCUUUCAAAGCAUCUCUCAAAACCAAGUUGUCUUCAUGUUCCUCCUCAGCCUUGGCGUGCAAAAGAGCCAAGCAGAGCGAGGUGGGCCCCGGCGCUCUGGCCCUCGCCCCAGGUGCCUCAGGCGGGGGCCCCAUUAGAAAGGGUCCCGAACAGACUGAGCUGUACGCCCAGCUGAGCAAAGCGUCCACUGCUCUACCUUUCCCCUUGCACUCAGCAGGGGGCGCUGCAGAGGACCAACGUAGCACUAGCACCAAGCGGUCUCGUGGACACAGUGACCACGACUACUGCCAGGCAACAGCAAACGCCAAGAAGGACGGCAGCGCAGCCACUGCUACGAGCACAACAGCAGCGGUCACUCCUCCAGACGACAGGCAUGUGGAAUGUAAGGACUUAACAUUGCCCGCAUCUUCAUCUCCAUUCUCAUCUUCCCAAACGUCCGCUCCAUCCACAUCUGUGGCUGAGCAGCUAAACUCAGCUACACCGAAGAAGGAGGCAGCUCACAUUAAAGUCACAGAAAACACGUCCCAAGAGGUCCCAAGCGACCAAUCCUCUGCCAACAACCGGAUAUCUAUGCGCGACCAGGAAAUCCGAGCAGAGCUCAACAAGCACUUUGGUAUCCCCACACAAGCGCUUUACAGCCCAGAGAGAGUGAAGCCUUCAGCUGCUCCAGAGAAGGAGGCCUCUGACAGCUCGUCCCAGCGCCUGCCUGGGUCCUACCUGCACCCAGGCUUCCUGCCCUUCCACGAUGACCUGGAGGGCCGGGAGAACCGCUUUCUGUACCCCUGGGAGGGCACUCCUCUGGACAUCCUUUUUGACUGCUCCCCCUGCUCUCCCUCCUCCUCCCCUCCAUCCAGCUGCUCUCCAUCACGAGGCUCCGUGUCGCCACCCUCCUCCCUCCUGCUAUCUCCCAGCAGGCCAUUUUGCUGGAGCAGCGGCGGCUCACGGUCCAGGUCCCGAUCCCACUCCGGCUCACGCAGCUCCUCCUCACACCACCGGAGGCGCUCUCUCUCCAGCUCCCCCGACAGACGCCCUUCCUCCUGGGCUCGUCAGAACACAGAAAACAGCACUUUUCGUUCCCGGACUCACAAAAGCCCUCGGCCUCGCUCCCCUCUCAGCCGCAGGCAAAGGUAUGACAGCUACGAGGAGUACCAGCACGAGCGCCUGAUGCGGGAAGAGCACGUCCACAACUACGAGAAACAAGAGUCCGAGCGCGCUGAGCAGAAAGACCAGCAGAAGCAAAAAGCCAUUGAGGAGAGACGCGCCGUGUACGUGGGUCGGCUGAGGUCCGACUGCACCAGGACGGAGCUGAAACGCCGCUUUGAAGUCUUCGGUGAAAUUGAAGAAUGCGCAGUGAACCUGAGGGAUGAUGGGGACACGUUUGGCUUGAUCACGUACCGCUUCACUUGUGACGCCUUCGCUGCCCUGGAGAGAGGCCACACCUUACGCCGGUCGCACGAGCCACAGUUCGAGCUUUGCUUUGGACACAAGCAGUUUGGGAAAUCACAUUACACCGACUUGGACUCUCAUUCAGACGACUUUGAUCCCGCCUCCACCAAGAGCAAGUACGACUCCCUGGACUUCGACAGCUUGCUCCGAGAGGCCCAGCGCAGCCUGCGGAGGUAA